AUGGCGUUAUCGUCAUUUUUGGUUUCUUUUAGAUUUAGGAAAUCUCGGGCAGAUUAUUCGCUCUUUAUCUAUCAAUCUGAUGACAUUAUGGCAUAUUUUAUGGUGUAUGUAGAUGAUAUAAUACUGACAGGGAAUUCACCCGGGUUCUUGAGACAAUUUAUUGAAUCCUUGGCAGCCCGCUUUUCUCUUAAGGAUCUCGGCCCUUUGCGCCAUUUUCUUGGUAUUGAGCUAGUUCCCACUCCCGUGGGUAUCUUUCUCUCUCAAGCUCAGUAUAUUACGGACAUUCUUAAAGAAUUUCACAUGCAGGAUGCUAAACCUAUUUCUACCCCAGGGUCCGCUACUGAGCUACAUAGUGAUGAUGGUUCGGGAUUGGCAGAUGGCGGUCUGUAUCGCCGUGUUGUGGGUCUUUUGCAAUACCUCUCUAUCACUAGACCGGAUGUACGCUUCAUUGUCAACCGUCUGUCGUAG